CCUGCAUCCCUGUAUUAAUUCCGAGCGCUGCUGGAUGGGCUUUGUGAGUGUUUUAGCACUAAUCCCUAUGCUUCCUCGAUUAUGAGCAUGUGCAGAGCAGCCGAAGGUACAGUCGUGCAUGUAGAGCUGACACACAGAGACUUGCCUUGCAAUGCCAUGUUUGUGCAUGUAUUCCUACCACUGAGAAGGAUACAGGGAGCCUGCCUGCCUUGCUGAUUUAUCUGAUGUUUUCAUGUUUCUGUUUCAGCAUUCAGGAUAAUUCCUUCAGCACGACAGCUCUAGCAGAGUGUGACAGGGAUUCAGAUUCUGUAUACGAAGAUCGAGCAGGCAACUCCAGCUCCAGAGACUAUGAAAACAAAGAAAAUUAUUCAGACAACACUGCUGUCUUAGAGGAAAGGCCUUGGCAAGAUACUCAGCAGAACAAGCAGCAGACUGUAAUUGACUACGCUCUAAAGCCUGAAAUGGGCAACUUAAAGCUGAGAAAACCUAAGCCCAUUGCAAAGCUAGAAAAUGGAAAAAGCCACGAGGAAGGCCAGGAGCUGGAAAGUGCAUUGCCAAGCCUCUCAGAGCAGCAGGGGAAGGCUGGAUCCUCAGCUAAUGACUACACGCAGAACGUGGCUUUAAAAUGUCAAGAAGCAGUUGUGAGAUUGCAACCAGGGAUGAAUCAGAAGGCAGGCAUUUCACCCAAGGAAGCAGCUGAACAACUUAAUAUCUUAAAUGGGAAUUCUUUGUUGAAGCUACAAGCCCUUGAAACCGAUCUGUGCUCUGCAUUUCUGCCAACCCGGGAAGAAACUCCUCAGCUGCCGGCACCCAAGGACCCAGCCCCUUCUUCAGUCCAAACCAGCGCUCUAGCUGAUGAGGCCAGUUGUGGAGAGCAAUAUCACUUCAUUUCUCCUAUUAUUGAUUUUAAUUUAAUGCAUCAGCAGAGAGAUAGCGAAGAGCCUGUGCCAGCCCACAGAGACUGGCAGAGUGACAUGGACAGCAGCCCACAAGAACAUCACUCCCUAGGGACCAGUAGACUGCUGUAUCACAUUACAGAUGGAGACAAUCCUCUUCUGUCACCACGCUGCUCUAUCUUUAGCCAAAGCCAGAGAUUUAAUCUGGACACAGAGUCUGCCCCUUCUCCACCAAGUGCUCAACCUUUCAUGAUGUCAAGAAGUUCUUCUAGAUGUAACUGUGAAGAGUGCAAAGAGCCACAAACAGUAGCACAACUAACCAAGCAUCUUCAGAGUCUCAAGAGAAAAAUUAGGAAAUAUGAAGAAAAGUUUGAGCAAGAAAAAAAAUACCUGCCUUCUCAUGGUGACAAGACUUCCAAUCCUGAAGUCCUGAAAUGGAUGAAUGAUUUGGCCAGAGGUCGUAAGCAGCUCAAAGACCUGAAGCUCAGAAUGUCAGAAGAGCAAAACUAUACCUCUAGAGCACCCCAAAGAAAUGAUUGUGGAAGCACUGGAACCUCUAAAGAGGCUGGGACACAAGAAGCCACCAGCAUGGAACCAGCUCCCUCAGUGGAAGAAACCAUGGAUAGUGUGUUUAGACGAUUAAAGGAGAAAAGACAACACUUUAACCUUCCUGAGGCUAUUAAGGAUAUGACAAAAAAGCAAAUGGCUUUGGAAAAAAUCAAUCUUCAGAAAUGUCUACUAUAUUUUGAGAAUAUUCAUGGAGAAUCUGUAACUAAGCCAGAGAAGAGUCUCAUGAAACCUCUUUAUGACAGAUACAGAAUUAUCAAGAAGCUGCUUGCAGCUCCGUCUCUGAUCACAACAAUUCAGGAGGAGGAAGAUUCAGAUGAAGACCAUUCUCAAAGCAGCCAUGUAUUCUCAUCUGGUCCAAUAUCUUGCCUCCCUGUGGAGGAACACCUGUGUUACUCCCAGGACGAGAGUGAGCCUCCCUAUGUUUCACCACUGGAUGAAAAGAAAGUUUUCAAGCAAACAGCCUUGUCAAUGUCCAACUUGCAUGAGGCAACAAUGCCUGUUCUGCUCGAACAUCUCAGAGAAACAAGAGCAGAUAAGAAAAGGCUUCGCAAAGCUCUGAGAGAGUUUGAGGAACACUUCUAUGAACAGACAGGAAGGAGUCCACAGAAAGAAGACCGGGUGCCCAUGGCUGAGGAAUACUCUGAAUACAAGCACACCAAAGCCAAAAUCAGGCUCUUGGAGGUUCUCAUCAGUAAGCAUGACAUUUCCAAAACGAUUUGAAGAGAAUGCAAUGUUGAAAUGUUGUGGUAUUGUUUUCUAGCAAAAACAAAGCCAAAAAUCCAAGCAAACAAACAAUAAGGAAAGAGAGGAGGUAAUUCUGCAGGUCUCGGUCUGCUGCACAAUUAUUUGACACACUGAGCUUUUUGAUGCACUUUACCAAUUACCCUAGCUGGGAUGAGAAAGGACAGCAAUAUGCAAGAAUAUUAAGCACGGGUGAGUGGGCUAGAGUAUAUAUUUUUUUCCUUUUGAAAAAAGCCUUGAAGUGCACUGUGAGAAUGUCAGGAAUUAAAAGGACAUUGAAGUAUUACAGAUCCUCGGUUUGACCUGCUCUUGGUGAGUGUGAGGUUUUUAGUACAUCUUAGUACCUGAUGAUACAGCCCACAUCUCUCUCUGGAAUGAACAUGCAUCAUAAUUGUUAUCGUGUGUUCUCAAUGUGUUAAUUCACAUAAUUAAAAGAAACAAGAGCUUAAAACAAAUGAAGGAAAACCUCCUGAACCUUGAGCUGGAAAAGGGUAGAGUUAGACUCGAUAUUAGGAAGAAAUUCCUUACAGUGAGGGUGGUUAGACACUGGAACAGGUUGCCCAGGGAGGUCGUGGAGGCUCCCUCUCUGGAGGUGUUCAAGCUCUGGUUGGAUGAGGCCUUGAGCAACCUGGUCUAGUGAAAGGUGUCUCUGUCAAUGGCACAGAGGGUUGGACUUAGAUGUCCUUUAAGGUCCUUUCCAACCCAAACCAUUCUAUAAAUCUAUGAAAGGUGCACACAAAGAACCGGUGCCAGCAUUUGCUCUAAAAUCCUGAGAGUAAAACAAAGUGAGGCUGCCUAUGCAAAACCAACCACCCAAAAGGAUGGAAUGUGACUGCCAGAUGGAACUAUUGGGGUUUUUUCCUAAGAAAAAAGAAGUGUUUGGUGAAAUGAUACAGACACAGUUCACUUGGCAGAGAGAAAACAAAUGUACUGGCUGCUCCUUUGCACUGUGGUUCACCGGACCUGGCUCAUGGUAUUUAAACUUCAGUAAAUAGAUUAACUACAUGCUGAGUUUUAUUUCUGUAUUAAACUUUGCACCUUAUUUUGCCUGGCGCUAGAACAUUUGCUUUUCUAACUACCAAAGCUCCUUUAGCCGCAUGCACUUUGUGAAACGUCCGAGUAUUUCUUGUGUUCUAAAUCACCACCUAGCUAUAUACUAACCCAGGACUAGAGUACUGCAUUAUGCUAUUCUGGAUAGAUAAAGUAGAUGGUAUAUAAUUGAGUGUCAGAGUGAUGUGAUGAGGAAUGCUAGCCUUUUGUUUACUGCCAGUAAGAUGACUUUAGCAAAGCUAUUUUUCCGUUGGAAUUACACUUUCAGAGCACCACACUGUAAUUUGAAGGAUACCUUUUGUUUUCACCGUUUGCAAUACAUGUGUUAACAAAAGGACCAUCAAUGGGUUUUGUAUUAGAGAUGAAAAGCUGGGAUGACAAGGAAUAGCCGGCCCAGACAUAACAUAAGGAAGAAGAAAAGAAAAGAAAAACAUUUAUAAGAGGGCUUGAAAAAGUUGACUUGCCUUUAGUGUUUUGCUUUAACUGUUGUUUUGUACUGACCACAUAGUAUAAGCAACUCGUUUUUUUAUCCUGGCAAGACGACUUCCAUUUUAUAAAGCCUAUUAUGUACCAACCACGUUUGUAUUUCCAGUGUGUGUGUAAAUGGCUCAGCAUGAUUUUGCAGACGUGCACAUUUUCAAAUAGUCUGGAGGAAGAAGUAUGGACACUACAAAAGGAAUUUUUUUAUUUCUCAGAGGUCUGUUGUUUCAGUGUACUGACUCAAUAAUUUAUAACUUAGCUUUUAUGAAUCAGAAGUGGUCUCCUUCGUAAAUCUGUUUUAAUUAAAGUAAUCUAGAGCAACAGGAACAGAUACAGAGCUAUUUGAAGUUUACAAACUACAUCUUUGAUAAGGGAAAAUGAUUUCAUGACGUAUGUAUACAAUUGAUAUUAAAAUGUAGUCUAUAUAUUCUAUAUGAUUGUAUAAUAUUUUAUACAACGGUACAAAUAAAAUAUUUUUCUAUUAUA